AAAAGUGGAAACAUAUUUUUCGAGAUUCUUGGUUGUAUUUUUUUUUCUAUUUUAAGUUUGGUAAUAUUUGAUUGGCCUUUGGCUUUCUAUUAUCGUUGCGACGUCUUCGUAUGCAAUAGACUGUUUGUACUGUAUUGUAUUGGUGUUUGUGGACUUAUGUAAGGUAGCCACACAGCCUGACGGAGCAGAGUAACAGUAAUGGAUAAGCUUCGCCGUGCUUUGGCUGGAGAUGAUGGGAGGGAUGAUGACAGUACUACGGGAAUCAUUCCUCCAACAGUGGAUUCAUCUACCCCACUUCUACCCCAACAUAAUUUUGACACCACAACUCUGAGCUGGUCAACUCGGAUAAAGUGUUUUGCAUUUUGCUUCAUACUUGGAAUUCUCCUGUCAAUGUUGGCGUCCCUGUCUUUGUUCCUACACAGAGGAUGGGCACAGUUCGCUGUUCUCUACACAUUUGGAAACAUUGUGUCAAUGUUAAGCACUCUAUUUUUGAUGGGUCCAGUGAACCAGGUUAAGAAGAUGUUUGCCCCGACCCGGGUGGUUGCAACAAUCGUGGUUAUCGUCAUGAUUGUGCUUACCCUUGUCUCCGGAUUUUGGAUUAAAAAUGCAGGCCUGGCGUUUCUGUUUAUAAUAAUGCAGUGGAUGGCCAUGACAUGGUACUCUCUCUCUUACAUUCCGUACGCCAGAGAUGCUGUCAAGAAAACUGUCGAAACUUGCAUUGCCUAGAAUUAUUGUAAUCCAAUAAUUUGUUAUAUUAUCUUCAUUUCAUUAUACUAUAAGUUUUAUUUUUUUUUUUUAAACAUUUUAUCUAUUUAAAUAUGUGAUAAAUUAUAAAUAUAUAUUUUGUAAAUUUGGGGUUUUUAUGAAAGAUAUUGUGCCGUGUUGUUGGUUUUGUAUGUUAUAAAUCCAUUUACUUAUUUGUUUCCUUUUUUGAGAUAUUUUCCAAUAUGCUCAAUUAUUUGUGAUAGCUUCCACCAUAAAUGUGUUUAACUCAUUAUAUCACCUGAUCUGUUAUUUGCAAUCAUCCAAACUUUGAUCAUUUCAAUCUGUUACUGAAGAAACCAUUAGAAAUUAAAUUAUUUAUGAUGUAUUUACUCUAUAUUGUGUUUACAACUAAAUAAAAUAUAUGGCAGCAAGUAAUUUUAAUUACCUUUGUACAUUAUUAAUUUUGUUUGGUAUUGUUAUGCACAGAUAAGUAAAAAUGAACAUUUGUAUUAUAUAAAUGUAAAUUAGUAUUUGUUAAAGAAAGAUUUAUCGGUUAGCCUUUUAUAAAAAGAGCUUGCUUUGGUAUUGUGCUUUAGAUCUGAUUCAGAGUGUGUUUCAUUAUUAAGUAUGUUUAUUUAUUGUAUACAUAGUGUAACUGCUUAUUUUAUAUCAUGUACAUAACAUAAUUUACUAUUUUUUACUAUAUUAGUUUAAGAAUUUUAUUCCUUAUAUGUCAUAUGUACGUGUCCAAGUUAUUUUGACUUGUAGUAGUAGGAUUAUUUUUAAUGCAAAAUCAAUUCUACACUUUUAAAACCAAUUUGACUUUAAUUUUUCUGUUAUUCAUAUUAAUUAAAAACUAAAAUGUGCAUUAUAUAAAGUUUAAAUUUUGUAAGACUGGCAUAGAACAUAAAUAUAUUUUUCAGACAUCAAUAAAUCUAUCUUGGUAAAUUGAAAAAAAACUAGUGUAAUCUAUGUGUUUGGAUAAAAUAAUCAUUUUAGUAGAGAAUAUUGUAUCUGAAUAUUGAAGAUAUAUAAACCUCUGACAUACUCUUGAAUAUUAUAAAGCUAAUCCCAACUGACUGUAAACUAUUAUAAACAUUGCUCCAUUUUUGAGGCACAGUUUUGGAACAUAUACUUUUUGUAUAGAAGUAUAAAAAAGCACCUUUUUCUACUUACCUCCUAAGUUUAAAGAUAAUACUCACAAAAAUUGGUAUGUUGAAAUACUUAAAAACUAAAAAAUUCAUUGUUUAACAUUUUUUAUUGACGAUGGAUGAUAUAAAGGAUAGUAAGAGUCGGACAUUUGCCGUUGUUAUGUGUUACAAAAAAAGUUUAGUACUUUUGGUAACAUAUAAUACGAACCUUGUAAUAUCCCAGUGCUGUGUAAAUGGUGUAUCAGUCAGAGUAUAAAGAUAUUCUUUGACUCCAAAGGCACUUAAAAUUUUGGAAAGAGCAAUUUUGGGCAUUGGUUUUUAGAAAGUAAAAAGACUUAAGAUUUAAGUCUUAAGAUUACUAUUAUUUUGUAACAAUUUUAAGUUUUUGAAUAUGUUUAAGUGGAGUUCGAAGUUAAAAACUGUGUCUCUAAAAAAUUGGUCUCAGAUUUUUAAAAUGUCAAAAAUUAAUGGUCACCAUUGCCUAAAAACGAUGUAAAAUAUCAUUGAAGGAGGAGCUCUUCUUGUUGGAAAAACUCAUUUCUAUUAUUUUCUAUAAAGGAAACUCACAAUUAUUGGACAUUUGCGAGUUUUCUUUUAUAGAAAAUAUGUUUGAAAAUAACUAAUACUUCCAACUUUGUUCAAGUAUGAUUUAAAAUUAAAUGUAAAGUCUUACUUAUCGUAAACAGUAUCAUUGUUGUAUAAAUUUUAUAAUAACAAUAACUCACUUAAUGACGUGUAACAAAUAUGAAACCUCUGUUUCAAACUGUUGACAAAUGAAAAAAUACCUUCUAAAAUACAAAUACCGACAGGUAUAAAACAAAGCAUUAAAAAUGUAUUGUAUUUAAUUACUUUCUUGUUUUGACAUCCUGAAAGUAUUGUCAAACAUUUGCCACACAUUGAGAGUGGAUGGCCACACAUUCUAUCGAUGUUUGAUUUUAGGUCUAAGGUGAAGCCUGUCACUCAAGGGGCUAGAAAAAUUGUAUUUUUCUGUCUGUCUGUCUGUAUGAUAUCUCAAACGAACUGAUAUACCUGAACAUUUGCAUGAAGCUUCAUUUCUAUAUAGGCAACACUGAGUUCAAUGAUGGAGCAUGUUAUUCCACGGGGUUUGACUGAGCAUUAGCUAAUAUUUUUACAUUGGUCUUAAUCGUGAUGGCUACAAGAAAAUAGCUGAAUAUAUUAAAAGUCGGUGACAAAAUCUGACUCCAGCGCACUUCCACUACUUCAUCGGAACUUUUAUAUUUAAACACUGCUAUGAUACCUACUCAAUGAACAAAUAUGUGAAUAAAUCAUAUGGCAAGAUAUCUUUAGAUAGACCAUCUGUAGACUUGAAUUUUGUAUGAAACUUAAUUUCUACAUAGACAAGAAUGAAAUCUAUGAUGGUUCUUGUCAAUCCAUAGAAUUUGACUACGUGUCGUAUCUCAGGAUGCUGACACAAUUUCUCUUUUGUCUGCGAGCAGGAUGCAAAAAUUCCCUUUCUGUACACCUUCAAGUCAUCAUUAUGCGUGUUUCCAAAACCAUAAAAUAAAAAUGUCAAGUAAUUCUUGUGUUGACACAGAAGGAAUGUAGAAAUUACUUGUGGAAGUGCUGGUAAUGGGUAGACAAUAAAAGAAUAAUAGCUAAUGCAGCUCCAUUAUGAUUGCAGUUAUUAUGUUUCUGUAAUUGUUGCUCUGUUAAUCACUGUUUUUCAAAUAUACUUGUUUGUUCUGUUUGAAAAAUGAUGCAUAAACUUUCAUAUAAAAAUAUUUAAUACCAGUUUAAUAUAUUUCUUUUCUUGUCUCGUUUAAUAUAUUUUUUUUUAUGAAGAAAUUACAAUUUUAACCCGCACUUAAGGAUUACGAAUGUGUACUUGUAAAAUAUUUUUUUUAAAUUUGAAGCAGUUUAUUAUUAACCCUGGAGUUGGCAGUCGUUUAUUUUUGAAUGACCAUCGCUGUAGUGGCUGUCGUUCAAACUUGAACAUUAUUACGUUGUCAAAUAUUUAAUUUGUUAUUACAUUUUAAAUCUAGUUUAGCAACAAUAUUUAGGUACUAUUGAAAUGACGAAGAUUUGUUUUAUCAACACAACAUUUAAAAAAUUCUUAUUCUUCCUUCUAAACUGAUGAUUCAUGAUCGUUUGUCAUUGUUUCUCAAGAGUCACCAUUCUCAUCUGCUAACUGAGCCUACGAUUACUGUGUUGUUUUUGUCGUUCAGUAAAAGAUUUAUUUCAAAGAACUUGAUAUAUUUAUUACCUGAAGAACGAUAAAUAUAAUUCAGUUUAAUUGUGUGAGUAACAAAAUAUAAUUAUGUAAUUGUUUAUUUUUGUUUCAACCUUUUGAAAGUUUUGGUGUUUUGCACGUAAGCGUAUGUGAAAGUCUUAUCUCACCAACCCGCGUUUUGAAAUAUGUUUAUGUGAAUAGUUUUUUCUUCAAAGUCUAUCUUAUCACUUUUUUGCACUAGUUAUUUACUGCUUAUUGGAAAUUUUUGAGACAGAAGGGUUAGUAUUUUGUUAGUAAGCGUAUCAAUAACUUGUUUUGAACCUGACCCAUAUUUUGAAAAAGGCCUAGGUUGGUGUAAUAGCUUACCAAUUAAUGUUUUGUUGUAAAAACCCCAUACAACAAUAUAUAUUUUAAAACUCAGACAUUUUUUCCAUCUUUUAGUUAUUUUGGAAUUAUCAAUUUCCAACUUUAUAUUAGUUUGCACGCACAGUCACCUCCAAAAUUACAUAAAUUUAAUUUCUCAAUUUCAACUUUUUAAAUAAUUUAUUAUAAAAACACAAUAUUUAAAGUGUAGAUAGUAUAGCAUAAUUGCUUUUAAAUGAGCAAAAAUAUCCUGCCACUACAGGAUUUUUAGCUGCCACCUCCAGGGUUAUGCUCGUGAAGAAAAUCAUGAUCGUUUUUAUCAUAUUAUAAAAAAUACUGUGUUAAGGAAAAAAAACAUAUCACAAAAAAAUUAGUUUAAAAACUGUGUUAGUAUCGUGACAGUUAAAGUGUUACUUUUAAAGUAGUGAUGUUCUUAAAAGUGGUUUUGCUUUUUGAACUAUAGAAUGAAAAGGUAUCUAUCUUUAUCGAAUACGAUUUAUUAUUCAUACAGUAAUUUUUGAAUGAAUUUUUAUGAUUAAACGAAUACAAAGAAGUUAAACUGCUUUAUAUUUUGCACUUCUGUUGGUAGGAUGCAAAACUGAAUUUUGCUAUUAUAUUGUCCUGGCAUUACAAGUCUAACUGAAAUAGCUUAUAUUUUUGUAAUCUAAAUUUGUAUGUAGGAUAAAAAUUAUUUUUAGAUGACUUAGUUUUAUAAUGAAGGCCCAAAUAGCCAGCUGUCAAUCAUUUGGGAUUUGGUGUUUAACUCUUUGGUGCUGGCCCUGAAAUAAACUACUCUAUAUUCAACAAUGUCGGUUUAUGACGAUUUUUAAUCGGGGCUUGUGCAGUGCAAACUUUAACUGAGGGGCCCAUCUAUUUGCACUCUCCUUCCCAACGUCUAUGAGUAGGACUAUAUUCAUGUAAACGCUGUAUGAAACCUAGGUAACUAGAGAAAACAUGUUAUAAUAUCAGUACAUACUUUGUAAUUGAUGUGAUCGUAAUGAAAAAAUUAUAAUUGUAAAUUAAUAACCUUAACUUUGUUUUUCAUUAGAUAUUUUUGUAGCUCUCUGUACAUACCGUUAGACACUGUAAUGUUUCAACGUAGUUGGUGAAGAAGGGGCGUGGGGUCAAUUAUCAUUGUGAUUCUAGUGGCAGUGGUUGAGCUGUGAUGCCACAACACAAGACACGUGUGCCACCAUGUCCACUACGUUUAUUAGAACAGCACAAUCCAUUCUCCUUAUGUUGAUAUUGUGAAGAAAAAUAACUGAAUAUUGUGUUGUGUCCAUUGUGUUAAUAUAAAAACUAAUAAAACUAUCACACCAGACUGCUCUUGUAGCAGUUGUUUGUAAAAUUGUCUUUAUUAAUAUCCAGUCGCACCUGCCUAAGGAAUACACAGGAAGAAAUAAACAAUAACCAGUUGUGUCAACACAACAACAUUUAACAUGAGAGUAGCAGUGAGGGUAUGACGUGUUGGAAUGUGUAAACACGAGAGUAGCGCUGGGCGUGCUCGAGUUGCCGUAUUGCUCAGCAGUUUUAAAAGGUUUAAUUAAUCACCUAAAUCUUUUAUUGUUGCUUUUUGUACCAAUAAUGGUUUGCAGAAUAACCGCACAGCUGGCGUGCAUUUGAGCAGUGACUCACACUAUUUUGACUUUUUUAUGUUACUAUAAAAAAAAGAAUAUAUUUCAAAAAUGAUGGACAAUGUAAGGCUGAAAAGGAAAUAAAUCAGUUAGUCUCUUCAUUUAUACAAAAAAAUUAAUUUUUAAUUAGUUUUUUUAAAUAUUUUUUUAUAUUUGCUGUCAGUUUUCUACUGCAGUAAAAUAUUUUUUUAUAGUGAUAAUUUAACACAAAUAGCUUUCUUUAUUUUGUUAACAAACGUAAAAAUAUAAUUUGUAAUUAUUGAAUUAAUGUUUAGUAACUGCAAAUCUGACUAGUAACAGAAAUGCUUGCCUCAUUCUGUGCUAUUGUAGUAAAUAAUACAAUCAAUAGAUUAAAUAGAAGUGUUACCUGUUGAACCAUGCAUAGUUACAGCUUGGCUACCCGUACAUUAAGUGACUCGUCCUCCUUACAGCUGAUCAUGUUUCUAUAGUGUAAAUUGGUAGUGAAAUGUUUUAUUUGCUUUCAAUGUGACCAGGCGUUGUAAACUCAACAUGACUGUACUUGUCAAUUAUUUGAAAUUGUUGUCAAUUAUUAACAACUUUACUGUAAUUCUGCACUUACGUGUGAGAAUAGAUUUAAGUUUUUUAAAUAUAAGACUCUGAUUUUUAGGAAUUUAAAUUAAGAUAGCUUUGUAUUGUACUUUUUGUAACAUUUGUGGUGUAAAGACAAUAAAUCAUCAUAAGAACAGAAUUCUGUUGACAGUGUUAAGUAUUAUAUUGAUUAUUGAAGUUGAUUUAAAGUUACUAAUGUUUGUAUAUAGUUAUAUAUUUUUUGCAAUAAGUAUAAUACAGACUUAUGAAAUUA